AUGGAGGUACCAAUUGAAGAGCGAGACACCAAGGGCAAAGAGAAGGUGGUUCUGGGGUCUUACGGCGACAACCCCUGGGGUGAAGACGAGGCCGAACAACGGGAGGACGCCGGCAUCAGCGCUUCCGGCGAUGGCAGUGAGAAGCGGUUCCUCAUUGUCACCAUCGGCACCCGCGGCGACCUUCAGCCCUACGUUGCCCUCACCAAGGCUAUGCAGUCGGCUGGGUGGGUGGUGGGGUUCGUGGCGAGCGAGGCGUUCGCGGAGUUCGUAGCGGAGCACACGCACCAAGUGGAGUUCUUCCCGCUGCUCGGCAACCCUGCCGCCAUCGUCAACUCGCCCCAGUUCGUCAAAGCCUUCUACGAAGGAGGAAUGCAGGAGCAGAUGAACGUGAUGCUGGAGGAGACGAAGGAAUGGACGGAGCCCAACUACCACCGCGUGUGGGAAGCGGCCAAGCAGUUCAGGCCGGACCUCAUCCUCACCGGCAUCACCACCCUCUCCGAGGUGCUGGCCGUGGGCCAGAAGCUGCGCGUGCCGGUCGUGGCGGCCUGCACCCUGCCCAUCUACCCCACCAGCGAGUGGGCGCCCGUCACAGCCGUGGCCAAGCCCCUGCCUCUCGGCUUCCUCAACUCCUUUGCCCAAUGGGCUACCUUCAAACUGUUGUGGUCGUUCCUCUCGGGCAACAUCAACAAGUUCAGGGCCUCGCUGGGGCUCGCCAAGCAGGAGAGCUACGUGGUCGAUGCCGCGCCGCAGCUCUGUCUUUACAGCGAACAGGUGGUGCCCUACCCACAUGACUGGCCGGUUGAUCUGAUCGAAGUGACCGGCUACUGGGACCUGAACAAAAGCGCGAAUACGAGCCUCCGCUGGUACCGUGGACGACCUCCUCUGCGCCAGACCAAUUCGGUCGAACUCGAGUCUUUCCUUGACGAGGGCGACGCACCUGUCUACAUGGGCUUUGGUUCCAUGCCACUCAAGAAUGCAACCGAACUGGCGCUGGACUUUUGUGAGGUUCUCAAGAAGCUCAACCGGCGAGGUGUGGUGCAGUUGGGCUGGUCGCAGGAGAAGGCCAAGGUCGCCCAGGCUCUCGCCGGGCAGACCCACGUCCGUCUCCUGCCCGACCUCCCUCACGAAUGGCUCUUCCCUCGCUGCUCCAUCAUCAUUCACCACGGAGGCGCGGGCACGACGGCGGCGGCGUUGAGGGCCGGCGUGCCGAGCGUCGUCUUCCCCGUGCUCAUGGACCAGCCCUUCUGGGCCAGCCGCGUGGCCGCGCUGGGCGCCGGACCGCAAUUGGCCAUUCCGCUGAAGAAGCUCACACGAGACAACCUCGAGUCUCAAAUACUGGCCGCUUCUGGUGAAGAGAUGGCCCUGCGAGCGCAGGCGGUGGCCGCCAGUCUGCGCAAGGAUCCGGACGGUGUGGCCGCGGCGGUGAAGUGGCUGGAGAAGUACGCCGCCUCGCCCCAGCACCCGCGAAACCACGGCUCGCGCCAGCCGACGACCGACGACGGCCUCGUGGCCUGGCUGCCCGACGACUCGGUGCAAGAGUGCAUGGAGUGCAAGACGGGCUUCUCGUUCCUCAACCGCCGACACCACUGUCGAGUCUGCGGCGGCAUUUUCUGCGGCCAGUGCGUGAUCAAGCAGACUCGAGUGCUCAACCACUCCCGCGCGCAAGCUCUUCCCGUGUGCCGUUUGUGCCGCACGAACGCCUAG